UCCUUUAUCCUUUAGCCGCAGUGUUGUGCUUAUGUCUGGGUCAGCUUUAGCUCCUCUUUAGCCUCAUUUGGACCGAAUAAACUCAGAAUCCCGGGUCCGUGAGCGGGACCGAACGUCAGACAGACCGAGGACAACCCGAACAGAACCGAACCAGACCGGACACGACCGGACCAGACCGCACCAUGCCCGAGACUGAGAGUUACUCCAACCCUUUGGCUCCAGAGGGACACGAUGUGGACGACCACCGUGCCGCUGCUCAGGCCAAACUGACCAAUGAUGACUUCAGAAAGCUGCUGAUGACCCCCAGGGCUGCGCCGUCCUCAGCCCCGCCCUCCAAGACCAGGACACAUGAAAUGCCACGGGACUAUAACGAGGACGAGGAUCCCGCCGCCCGCAGGAGGAAGAAAAAGAGUUACUACGCGAAGCUCCGGCAGCAGGAGAUGGAGAGAGAGAGAGAACUGGCCGAGAAAUACAGAGACAGAGCGAGAGAGCGACGAGACGGAGUCAACAAAGACUAUGAAGAAACAGAGCUGAUCAGUACUACAGCCAACUACAGAGCUGUGGGGCCGACAGCAGAGGCAGAUAAGUCUGCGGCAGAGAAGCGUCGUCAGCUCAUCCAAGAGUCUAAGUUCUUGGGAGGUGACAUGGAGCACACUCACUUGGUGAAGGGUCUGGACUUCGCUUUGCUACAGAAGGUGCGAGCGGAGAUCACCAACAAAGAGAAGGAGGAGGAGGACAUGAUGGAGAAGGUCCAGAAGGAGGCCAAGAAAGAGGUGGAGCCAGAGGAGAAGAUGGAGUUUAAGACACGCCUUGGGAGGAACAUUUACCGCGUGGUGUUCCGCUCGGGGCAGUCUGAGAGGAACGAGCUGUUUCUUCCCGGGAGAAUGGCGUACGUGGUCGACCUCGAGGACGAGUUUACUGACACCGACAUCCCCACCACCCUCAUCCGGAGCAAGGCCGACUGCCCUACUAUGGAGGCGCAGACAACGCUGACGACCAACGACAUCGUGAUCUCCAAACUCACUCAGAUCCUGUCCUACCUCCGAGCAGGAACCAGGAACAAGAGGCUCAAGAAGAAAGAUAAAGGUAAACUGGACGACAAGCGUGCUCCCGAGGCUGACCUCAGUAUCUUUGAUGACAUCGGAGACUACAUCCCAACAUCGUCCAAGUCCAGAGAGAAGGAGCGCCACCGCGAGAGGGAACGAGAGAGGGAGAGGGACAGAGAGAGAGACCGGGAGAGAGAGAAGGAGAGGGAGAGGGAGGAGAAGAGCCGACACAGCUACUUCGACAAAUCACGAGGGGGCGCUGAAGAGCAGGCUUUGGAGGUGGACACAGGUCCUGGGUCGGUCCGAGAUCAGAUCAAACUCAUCAACGAGAAGUUCGCUGGAGCUGCAGGGCCUCAAUGGAACCAGGAGGCUGGGUCUCGGCGGGACAGCAAAGAGCAGCUCGGAGAUUUCUUUGGAGGGUCCAACUCCUACGCCGAGUGUUACCCAGCAACAAUGGACGAUCUGGCGGUGGACAGUGACGAGGAGGUGGACUACAGUAAAAUGGACCAGGGGAAUAAGAAGGGUCCUCUGGGACGCUGGGACUUUGACACUCAGGAGGAGUAUUCAGACUACAUGAACAACAAGGAGGCACUCCCCAAGGCUGCGUUUCAGUACGGUAUAAAGAUGUCCGAAGGCAGAAAAACACGACGAUUCAAAGAAACCAACGAAAAAGCCGAACUGGACCGACAGUGGAAGAAGAUCAGCGCCAUCAUUGAGAAGAGGAAGAAGAUGGAGGCGGACGGGGUGGAUGUGAAGAGGCCGAAGUACUGAAGACUUUGGGUUUAUUCUAAUAAUGAUUUGAUCAGUGUAAAAUGUGUAAAAUGUGUUAUUGAUGAAACUUGUAAAUGUGUUUAACAGUGAAAUGGCCAAUAAAAACCUUUGAC